AUGCGCAAUAUGAAGGACGGCGGCAGCAUCGUCAACGUUGGCAGCAUCACGAGUAGUUACGCCUCGGCCGGGGUCGCCGCAUAUGUCGCCUGUAAGCGCGUGGGGCCGGGCAUGACCAAGAUUGCCGCUUUCGAGGGUGUGCCCCCAGGCGCAUCCGCGUCAAUAGUAUAUGUCCGUGAGGGCCGCAUCGACACGGAGAUAAUAUCAAAGCCAUUUGAAAGUCCGGCAGGUCAGUUCGGGCUCAGCACCGACACAGUGCCGUGUAUAACCAAGCGCAUUGCCGAGCCGUGGGAGAUUGCCACGUUGAUUGCCGCGCCGAUGCCGCGUCGAUUGCGUGUCCUCUUGGCGACGAGUCUAAGUUUGUUACCAAGGCGGCAUGGUUCGUUGACGGUGGUUGAGUCGAGGGGAACUACAGAUCAUAAGUAUCACGACCGAAGGGUGGAUUCUGUGCGUAGACGAGCAGCAAUGCUUGUUUAG